AUGGUUACAGAUCUGUAUUUAUGUUUUUUUAUUUCAGGUAGGUACACGAUCGGCUGGUGUUUUGGUUACGAUAUGAUCACAUCGCAAAAUGGACACACUGAUCUUAUGCUCACAGCAACCGAUCCGCCGAGUAUCCUUCACUUCAACUUGCCAUCCAUCUCUCGCUCUGCACAUUCAUCGGUUUUCGUUUAUUUCUUGUAA